AUGGCAAGAAGCAAGGGAAAUCCUCAAGUUCUGCUUGUGAAGCAGAUUAUCAGAGCAUUUUGUAGGUUUGUCAAAGCCCAUAAAGCAAUUGGGCAUGAUCUUAGCCCAAAGAGUAGAAAGUAUUUUGCAUUUGAGGAUGAGACGAUGGGCAGAUCAUGCAGUGCUCUGCCUCUAGAUGUCCCGAAAGGGCAUUGUGCAGUGUAUGUUGGUAAUGAAAGAAGUCGAUUUAUCAUCCCCACUGAUUACUUGAAUCAUUCACUCUUCAGGGCAUUGCUGGAGAAAGCUGAGGAAGAGUAUGGGUUUGGUCACCAGAUGGGACUAAGCAUCCCCUGUGAAGAAACUGUUUUCCAAAGCUUGACAACACUGUUGCAGCACAGAAGGUAG